CCCGGAGGCAUGAACUAAUGUCUCCGCCCGGUCAGGUUGAUGCUGAAGCGCUGGAAAGCGGAGUUUGUACACAAUAGAGAUGGCAGAAAUACCCCUUUAUCUAUCCAGCGUCACUAUUACUGUCACAAAUGAUACGGACCCAGACAAGAGCUGUGGAAAAGAGAAGGAAUACGAGUGUGUGGAGCUCGGUGAUCUGGACAGAAAAGAGAAGACCCCGCGCCGCAUUAUUCAUUUCUCCAGCGGGGAGACCAUGGAAGAAUACAGCACAGAUGAGGAGGAGGAAGACCAAACACAGCACGCAAAGCAAGACCUUCUGUCCUCUAUAGACACAUCCAAGCUGACUUGGGGCCCGUAUGUCUGGUUUCAGAUGUGGAGAGCAGCUACAUCCACUAUAUCUGCUUGUGACUACCUCGGCGAGCGAAUGGCAUCGCUUUUUGGCAUCACCUCAGCUAAAUACCAGUACGCCAUAGAUGAAUACAGCCGGUCGAAGAGGGAGAAGGAAGAGAGAGAUGAAGAUACGCGGCUCUCUGAAGAGGCAGAGCACCUGUUUGAAGAGCAUCGGGAUGAUGAAGACGAGGAUCCGCAGACCGACCGGCCCGACGCUACCAGUACUCAAGUACAGUUGACCAAUGAGCUGGACACUGUGCACGUCCCUGCUCUUGUGACUAGCACUUAAUCACAAGCAGAGUUAGUCAUAAUUGUGUCACGUGUAUUCUUUAAAGCACUUGUUACCACAGGGACGUGUUCAGGAUCUGAUUUUGAAUAUUAACUUGAGUCUUUGACUGCCUUAAUGCGCUGAUCCUGGGCCGGUGAGACUAUAAAUACUGAUCAUGGUGCUAAUGAGGAGAUGAGCCAGUUCUUUAGCCUCAGACCAAAAAUUAAUUCUUCUAGAAAUGGAACAACUCUAACAUGAUUACGCAGAACAUUUCUAUUUGUGUGUGUGUGUGUGUGUUUUUAAUUGACGGUAUGUAAUGUAUAAAGUAUUAUGAACCUUUUGAUGGACGUGCAUCAAUACAGAGACACAUAUUUAACACAGAAAAUUGUAUUUAAUGUACUGGUAAUGCUUGAUAGUUGUCUUGUUGUUUACACUGAAUCAUUAAAAUUUUAUUUAAUUUUUUUUUUAAAGAAAUGUAAUUUUUUUUACCAUUUUGCGUUUAACGUGAAUAAAAUACUACAGUAUUAUAUCUUAUGUGACUUAAAUAGUGUUUAGUUGCGUUAUUUUAAUAUUUACAUUUACAUUUAAUAUUAUAUUUAUUUUCAGGUUACAUUUAAAGUAAUAAAAAUGUUGGUUUAGUUCACUUUAAGUAUAUUUGAACUGUUAGUGUAUUUUACAUUUAUAAUUAGACAUUUAUAUCACUAUACAUUUGUGUUAUACGCUAGAAUUACAGAAGACUAGUUAAGUUCAUUUGAAUUAUUUUUCCUCUUUUGGAUUGUCAUGGAAAUCCAAAUGUGGAUUUUUUAUUUUUUUUUGGCAACAUUCAAAACUCUCCCUUUCAUACAGUAUUUUCUCCCUGCCAUCGUUUCUCCUGAGCUUGUUUUUCUGACUUUUUAGUGAGUUUAUGAAUAUCGUGUUUUAUUAUAGCAGCUUGCAGAUCCCGAAGCGCUGUGAAAGUGCUUGCGUUGGACUCCUGAAGCUCUCUGAAGCCUGUGGGUUGUGUUGUGUGGGCAGAGCUGUGCUCCCUCACUGAUAGAUACGCUUUUGUCUUGAGCAACAAAGGUCUCAAUGUCUGUGUGGUACUGAAGGCCGGUUGAGCGCGUCCUCAGCGUAACCCUGCUCCUCUGAGUGAGUCUGCUUUCAUUCAGAGAGGGACGUUCUUAUGACAGGAUCCAACUGAGCAGAACUC